AUUUAUUUCCAUUGAAUAAUUAUUCUCAUAACAAAUGAGACUUCGCCUGUGACAGUGGCAUCAGUUAAAACAUUAGUCAUCAUCUAGGUGACGUGGUACUUUGCUUCGUCUUACUAAAAGCCAACCUCAACCAAACACAUUUUCCUGUUGCUUUUUUAAACUUUAUUAGUUUGUUGAUUCUCUUUCACUACAAUGUCAAGCUUAACUUAUUACAAUGAUGAGGGUGCCGGUCAAAAAAACAAUGAUCUUUAUCACUACUCACAAGCCGUUGUCAUUGGCGACAUUGUAAAGUGUUCUGGUCAAGGUGGAUGGGAUCCCAGCGGCGAAAUAGAUGGUGAUGACAUCGAAGGACAAGUAGCUCUUGUUUUUCAAAAUGUAGAUAGAGUUCUUCAAACCGUUGGCAUGAGAGGAUGGGAGGAUGUCUACUCGGUCCGUUCAUACCACGUCGAUAUGGAUUCCUCUUUCAACCUCUGUGUUGAAAACCUAAAGAAACGUAUUCCCAACCAUAAACCCCUCUGGACAGCGAUUGGGGUCACAAAGCUUGCAAUCCCCAAAAUGAAAAUUGAGAUUGAAGUGGAAGCAUAUGCGAAAUCCAAUUAGGUAUGUUAUCCAAAGGAUGAAUUACUUUUUUGCUUCAACUUUCUUGCAAGUCCUAAGGUUCAUUUAAUAGGCGCCUGAUGACUAGUUGAUGUUAUUUCAUAACUGAUAAUAAAUUAAGUUAAUGUCAUAACCGGUAAACGAUAUUACUAAUAUCUUGAUACAAUUAUCAUAUAACAAUAGGAUUCAUUAGUACAAUGAAAACACAGAAGCUGUUAGACAAAGAAUUAAAAAAAGAC